CCAGUGUUUGUGGGGGCUUGGCCGCGCGCUUGCCGGCGCGGCUGGAGCCCGGGAGAUGUCGGCGCCCGGCGCGGACGCCGACGAAAUCGUCGAGCGGUCUCCGGACGGCCGCUACGUGCGGUUCCGCCAGACGCUGGGUGUCGGCGCCUUCAAGUCCGUGUACAAGGCGUACGAUGAGGAGGAGGCGCCGCACCCUCCCUGCGCCCUGGCCUUGACUGGCCUUGCCGCUCCGGGCGGGUCGGGAUAUGCCGCCGGCAUCGAGGUGGCGUGGUGCCAGGUGAUGCUCGACCGCGCGGACGAGGCCGUCGUCGCGCAGAUCUACAAAGAGGUGGAGAUCCUCAAGGGCCUCAACCACAAGCACAUCCUCCAGUUCUACACCUACUUCAACGACAUGUCGGACAAGGCAAAGCACCUCGUCUUCAUCACCGAAAUCAUGACGUCGGGCACGCUCAAGCAGUACAUCGCCAAGGCCAAGCGGGUGAAGCGCAAGGUGGUCAAGAAGUGGUGCCGGCAGAUCCUCGAGGGGAUGACGUACCUGCACUCGAACCAAAUUAUCCACCGGGACCUCAAGUGCGACAACAUCUUCAUCAACGGCAACAACUCGGAGAUCAAGAUUGGCGACCUCGGCCUCUCGACGCUGAUGCGGGACGCGCCCGCGCAGUCGGUGCUCGGCACGCCCGAGUUCAUGGCCCCGGAGCUGUACGACGAGGAGUACAACGAGAAGGUGGACAUUUACGCGUUCGGCAUGUCGGUGCUCGAGAUGGUGACGUCCGAGUACCCGUACUCGGAGUGCAACAACGCGGCGCAGAUCUACCGCAAGGUGACGCAGGGCACGAAGCCGGGCGCGCUCGACAAGAUUCGCGACGAGCAGACGCGCGCCUUCAUCGACCUGUGCCUCAUGCACGACCACAAGCAGCGGCCCGCGGCGGCAGAGCUCCUCGAGCACGAGUGGCUGCGCAUGCCCUUUGGCGGCGCGGGAUCGGACGACGACAAGCCGGACGUGGACAAGGCGCCGGCGGCGCCCCUGGCGAGCGCGCGCUCACAGCCGGCGUCGCACGCGGGCGGCAGCCGCCACUCGAUUGACCUGACGCACGAGCCGAGCACGUCCAACGAGAUUGAGCUGACGUGCUCUGUGAUGCUCGACGGCGAGACCAAGACGGUCACCUUCCAGAUGGACCCCGUCAACGACACGGCCGAGGCGGUCGCCGACGAGAUGGUGGAGGAGCUCGAGCUCGACCGGUCGGACGGCACUCGGGAGGACAUCAUCUCCCAGGUCAACGACCUCCUCAACCAACGCCGCGCCCAGCUGCUUAGCGGCUCGGUGCCAGUGACCCGCGCAAACUCGCCGCCGGAGGCGCGGCAGGAUGUCGCAGUCGGCUACGCCUCCGACUCGGCCGCCAUCUCCCGGCGGCACCAUCCCGGCACUUUCGACAUUUCGGGCUAUGCGUCCGACUCGGCGUCGCUGCCGCUGCCACCCGAGCCGCCCAAGGCGCACUCGGGCUCGUCUGAGGCGGACGUCAACGCCAUUUCGCCAGCUGCGUCGGUGUCCUCCAUCACGGAGCAAGCCGCGAUGGGCCACGCCUACCCGCUGGCGCCGGCCGCCUCUCAGCCCACCGGGGCCUGUGGCCAGGCGAUGCCCGGCGCGCCGGCCAUGCUGCCCAACGGACGGCAGCCGCAGAUGCCCCCACAGCAGCCGAUGGGCCCGCCGCCGCCGGUGCAGAUGCAGCCGCCAACGAUGCAGCACCCCCCGGAGGGGGGCAUGACGCGCGCGGCAACGGCGCCGGGCGCCGCUAUGCAGGCAGCCUACGCGCAAGCCACCGCCGGCUACCCUGGCGGGCAGCAGCCGCCGCCGCACCACAUUGACGGCAGCAGCUCGAUGACGUCGUUGCCGCCGCAAGGCGGACUUUCGAUGCAAGGCAGCCAGAUGUCGAUAGGGAUGGCGCCUUCGCCGGGCGAGGACGAGGGCGACGACGGUGACGAGGAAGACCUCGAGCUGAUGCGCUCCAUCGAAGAGCAGCAGAAGAAGGAGAUGGAGCGGAUGUUGGCGAAGCACGCGCAGCAGAAUGAUCGGAUGAAAAAGAUGAUCAAGGAGCGCCGUGCCAAGGAGAAGCAGGACCAAAAGCGGGCGGAGCUGACGCCUCGCCCCAUCGCUCCCUCUCAGGCGCCGAUGGUGAUGCCGCAGCACAUGGCCGCGCCGCAGGCGGUGCCGCACCCGCAGCAGUGGCCCGACCUCGAGCGGAAGCCGGCACCGACGCAGCGGCCGCCACAGCAGCCGUCCCAGCCGGCAUCGUGCAAGGCGGACUCGCCGCCGCAAGCGAGCGCGCGGGCCCCGGCUAGCGGGGCGGAGAAGCCCCCGAAGCAGCCCGCGCCGGUGGUGCGCCGGCCGUCAAAGAACCAUGACGAGCAGACCAAGGCCGCGGCCGAGAGCGCGAGGGCCAAGGAGGCGCAGCUCAUGGACCAGAUCUCGUGCGGGCUAGGGACAAAGAACGAGCUCGGGAAGCUCAAGGGCGUCAACGGCUCGUCGGACUGCUUGAGCUCAAUGCCGUCGUCGAAUAGCGCGCCGCCGAAGCCCGGGGGCAUGAACGCGUCCUCGACUACCGCGAAGCAGAUGUCCGAGGCGCAGGCGCGUGGGCUCGAGCAGGAGUUGGGGUUGGGCGGCGGCGUCGCCGGCGGGGCACGGUAACAUACACCGGACUAUAGCCCUGUGUGUGUGUGUGUGCCGCCUGCGUCGCUUUUUUCACUCUGUCGAGUUAGUUGUACGGUGUGUUG